GGAGCUCGGCCGCCAUUGGCCGGACGCCGGUUACGUCACGGGGCGGGGCGGGGCCGGCCGGAGGAGCCCCAGAGCCUGGCGUGGAUGCGGAGCGGCGCGCAGGACCUGCCCCGAGCUGAGACACAGGAGACCAGCGCCUCCCCCCGCCACAGCCGCGGGACACGCACUCUGCCCCGCGCCCCGACAGUGCAGGCCCCAUGGCUGCCAGGCCUCAGCCCAGCGGCCCCCGAAGCAAGGGGGCUUCCAGCACGGCCAACGGUGGCCCGAAGGGCCAGUGGGGCCGCGCCUGGGAGGUGGACUGCUUCUCGCUGGCCAGCGUGCUCUUCCUGCUGCUCUGUGCCCCCCUCAUCGUCUACUACUUCGUCAUGGCCUGCGACCAGUUCCAGUGCUCGCUCACCGCGCCCCUGCUGGGCCUGGCCUCGGGCCGCACGCGCCUGGCCGACAUCUGGGCCCGCACGCCCGGCCCCACCCUCGGCGCGGCCCAGCUCUACGCGGCCUGGGUGGCCUUCCAGGUGCUGCUCUACAUGGCGCUGCCCGACGUCCUCCACAAGGUGCUGCCCGGCUACGUGGGAGGGGUCCAGGAGGGGGCCGUCACCCCCGCGGGGGUCGUGAAUAAGUACCAGAUCAACGGGCUGCAGGCCUGGCUGGUCACCCACGCGCUGUGGCUGGCCAACGCCCUCGUCCUGCGCUGGGUGCCCCCGACCGUCAUCUUCGACAACUGGAUCCCGCUGCUCUGGUGCGCCAACGCCCUGGGCUACGCCGUGUCCACCUUCGCCAUGGUCAAGGGCUACUGCUUCCCCACCAACGCCAAGGACUGCAAGUUCACCGGCAACUUCUUCUACAACUACAUGAUGGGCAUCGAGUUCAACCCCCGCAUCGGGAAGUGGUUCGACUUCAAGCUGUUCUUCAACGGCCGGCCCGGGAUCGUGGCGUGGACCCUCAUCAACCUGUCCUUCGCGGCCAAGCAGCACGAGCUCCACGGCCACGUGACCAACUCCAUGGUCCUGGUCAACGUCCUACAGGCCAUCUACGUGCUCGACUUCUUCUGGAACGAGACCUGGUACCUGAAGACCAUCGACAUCUGCCACGACCACUUCGGCUGGUACCUGGGCUGGGGCGACUGCGUGUGGCUGCCGUACCUGUACACGCUGCAGGGCCUCUACCUGGUGUACCACCCGGUGCAGCUGUCCACGCCGCACGCCAUGGGCGUCCUGGCGCUGGGCCUGCUGGGCUACUACACCUUCCGCAUGGCCAACCACCAGAAGGACCUGUUCCGGCGCACGGACGGCCGCUGCCUCAUCUGGGGCCGCAAGCCCCGCGCCAUCGAGUGCACCUACACGUCGGCCGACGGGCAGACGCACCGCAGCAAGCUGCUGGUGUCCGGCUUCUGGGGGCUGGCGCGCCACUUCAACUACACGGGCGACCUGCUGGGCAGCCUGGCCUACUGCCUGGCCUGCGGCGGCGGCCACCUGCUGCCCUACUUCUACAUCGUCUACAUGACCAUCCUGCUCACCCACCGCUGCCUGCGUGACGAGCACCGCUGCGCCAGCAAGUACGGCCGGGACUGGGCGCGCUACACGGCCGCCGUGCCCGCCCGCCUGCUGCCCGGGCUCUUCUAGGGGACUGGGCGCUACACGGCCGCCGUGCCCGCCUGCCUGCUGCCCGGGCUCUUCUAGGGGACUGGGCGCGCUACACGGCCGCCGUGCCCGCCCGCCUGCUGCCCGGACUCUUCUAGGGGACUGGGCGCUCUACACGGCCGCCGUUCCUGCCCGCCUGCUGCCCGGACUCUUCUAGGGGACUGGGCGCGCUACACGGCCGCCGUGCCCGCCCGCCUGCUGCCCGGGCUCUUCUAGGGGACUGGGCGCUACACGGCCGCCGUGCCCGCCCGCCUGCUGCCCGGGCUCUUCUAGGGGACUGGGCGCCACAGGGCACUGUGCCUGCCCACCUGCUGUCCGGGCUCUUCUAGGGGACUGGGCACCACAGGGCGCCGUGCCCGCCCGCCUGCUGCCUGGCCUCUUCUAGGGGACUGGGUGCCACAGGGUGCUGUGCCCACCCACCCAGGCCUCCUAGGGGCCAGGGUGCACACGGCCGCCGUGCCCACUUGCCUGCUGCCCGGGCUCUUCUGGGGGGCUGGGCCCGCCGGCUCCGGGGGGCUGCUGCAUCCUGCCCCCUGGGCGUCACCCGCAGCCUCUGAAUGUGCCUUCCCUCCGCCGGGGGGUGGUCCUGGGGCCCCGGGCCAUGGCCUUCGCCCCUCCCGCUGACCGCCCUCCACACGUGGGCCUGCCCGCCUGGAGCUGGGCGCUGCUCUGGCCGUUUGCUGACCGGCGGUGCCAAGGACCCGUCCUGAGCUUGGUGCUCCCAGACCUGCAGGCUGCCACGGGGCCAGCACGGGAGCCCCCCGUGGGCCGCCCAGCCAGCCCGGCUGUUCUGCAGUGUCCUCUGAUGUCACUGCCCGCGAUGCGGUACUUGUUGAUAAUAAACUUGUGUUGGAAACUCC